AGGGGCUAUGCUAUCGCGACUAGUCAUGAGGCAGAUCCUCGCUUCCUCCACUUGGCUAGAACAAUCCUCCUGCGAUCUCGACGAUUUUCUGUUCUGCUUCUUCGUUUGCUCUGCGUCUUGAUUUGCAUCCCCUUCCACUCGCUUGUACCCUCACGGCCGUUUAUUUUGCGGCUGCUUUUACUGUCUACUAGUGUUCUUCCUGGCCCCCUGUCCCCUAGGCUGUCUUGUUUCACUCCUAUCCCUACAUUCGGCAACCGUCGCUUGACGACGUACGACUUUGUAUCACCAAGACCACUUGAGGGACGCUUUGUAUCGACAAUAUUGUGGUUUCAUUUUUACCACCGUCAUUGGAAACUAAAGACCCUUUCAGUGUUGAGAAAAAUCAACUAAAUCUCGAUUACCUACGUCCCCGCCCGGCCAUCCCUAGAAGGGGGUCAUUGGGUGUUGAUAAUCAUCACAACACUCAACCAUCAACAUGCGUCCCAACACAAUAGUGAGCCUACUUUGCAGCUUCGUUUUACUGGCAUCAGUUGCAUGGUCAUGGCCAGACUAUGUCGAAGAUGUGUUUAAACGAGCCGAUUUAUUAAUUCGAGAUGCAUCAUCUACAGACACAACUCAGUCCGCAUCGGCAUCCACGGGUUCGGCACAGUCCACGGGUACCGACUCGGCAACGGUCACUAAUUCUGGUACUGGUACUGGUACUGGCACUGGAACAGGAACAGAAACAGGAACAGGAACUGGAACAGAAACAGGCUCAGCCGCAAAAGAAACUGGCAAGAGUACUGGUACCAAAACCGAUAAAACCGAUACUAGAACUACUGCAACAUCUGUUUCCGUUGAUCCCCGUCUGCCUGCUGGCGGAGCGUCGUUGACGAACCCCGUUUCCACAUCAACCACCUACUACAAAAUUGGGCAAAACGUGACGUUUGGUUGGAACUAUACAUCGUUGGUCAACCAGCCCACCGCCAUUGACGUAAUUGCAUCAUGCAGCUCGAAUAAGGCCACUUACACGCUCGCCAACAACAUGAGUUUCUCAACCAGCUCGGUUGUGUGGGACACCGGCAGCGAUAAUGCCACCGCGACGAGCCCUCUGCUUACCGCAUACUAUACAUUGAUCAUUUAUGAAGCCGGCAAGUCACCCUCUGAUAUUGCUGGGGCAGGAAACCUCGCGGCUGCUACAUAUUCUUUCGGCAUGUACUUGACACAGACGCCAACUCCACUAGGCGAAUACGUCUGCGUGACAUGCAACGCCGCGAUUUCUGAUCUAGAACGUCAAGCGUUAGGUUUCGUGUUCACCAUGGUCACGAUCACCAUCAUCUCAUUCUCCGUUUUUGCCGGUGGAUUCGGUGUAUUCUCAUGAUACGAUUUAAUUUCCGACCCUCCCAUUUCAGCGUUUUUCGGAGAUGCGACUUAAAAACUUUAAUAUUUUGUGGAUUCAACAUAAUCAGUUCUCUCCAAGUGAUGUACAUGCAUAAAAUGCCUGCGGUUUCGAUGUGUUCAGAAGCGUGAUAUAUUUGUUUUAUUACUUUUGUUAAGUCUAUAAAAUCGGCGUGGGGGAUUAUAAGAUAUUACAGGCAUUAGGGCGUUUAUUCUUCGUGAUAUUUUGUUUAUAAAUUCAAUGUGAUGUUAUUACA